AUUAAAAUAUUCUUGGAAUCGGAGGCCUUGAGUAGCUGUGCAUCAGGAAAUGGAGAACGCCUCGGAGAAAGGGUUAGAGGGGACUGGUCUGGAAUUGCCAAAGAAUCGCCAUGGCAACCUCAAGAGUGCUUCCACUGAUCAAAACCUCCUCGAAAUUCUUCGUGAUAUUAAAGUUUCCAAGUCCCCUGCUGUUAUCAACUAUGGUGCCUCAUGGUGUGGGGUGUGCAGGCAAAUCCUUCCUGCAUUUUGCCAGCUGAGCAACAACUUCCCCAAGCUUUCCUUCAUUUAUGCAGAUAUUGAUGAAUGCCCAGAAACAACACAGCAUAUUCGUUAUACACCUACAUUUCAUUUUUAUCGAGAUGGCGAGAGGGUUGAUGAAAUGUUUGGUGCUGGAGAAGAGCGACUGCACGAUCGUUUGUGGUUGCACUCCUGAGAUGCAGGGACUACCCGGUGGUAGAUUGUACUCUGCAAUUGUCAAAUUGUGUAAAACACUAAUAUUUUGUGCAAUUCCAAUUAUGAUGAUCUGGGUUACCAACA